AUGAACCAACAAACAUUUGCCAUUCUUCAUCCCUCUCCAUCCACCGGAAUUCCAGCCUAUCUUUCGUUACAUUCCGAAAAUUAUAAUCCCUAUUCGUCCUCUCCUCCUUCGGGAUCAUCUUCUUCCUCGUCUUUAUUCAAAGAUCAAAUUCAAAUCAUUACAAAAACAGGAGAACACUGUAUCAAUACCUCACUUUCUCCUUUUCAAAUUAAAAUUCAAGUCAAAUGUUGUGGACUCUCAAAAUUAGACUCACAAGUACGAAGAGGAACAUUCCCGUUAUGGAAAUCCCAAUUUUCAUCAUCAUUGGAAUCAAAAAUUAUUGAAAAUUCGGAGCAUCCAGAAGCACCAUCUUUGUCUUCCUGUUGGAUUAUUCCUGGAUAUGAAGUGAGUGGAGUAGUGACUCAAGUUGGAAAAAAAGUCAAUUCAAAAGUAUUUUCGGUUGGAGAUUGUGUCAUGGGAUUUAUACCCGUACAGAAUUUGAAUGAGUAUUCAGAUUCCAAUGAAGAUUCUAAUGAAAAUAAUUUAUCUCACCAACUGAUCAUGGAAUCACAAGAUUUUGAAACAAGUUCCAUGAUGAUGACGAAUCCAGUAUUGCCUUCCUCUCUGAAUGGUGGAUGUUCGACUGAAUGUGUAGCCGAUGCUCACUUUUUUGUGAAAAUUCCCAAUGGCAUGUCAUUUAUCAAAGCAUCAAGUGCGAUCAUGUGUGGAAUUCGUGCCUAUGACACAUUAUUUUUCAAAUGCGCCUCUCCUAUUCGACAAGGAGAUGUCAUCUUUGUGAGUAGUGGAGCUCGAUGGGAACAAACUUAUUUAUUGCAAUUGGCAAUUUUAUUAGCGAAAUGUCGAGUCAUUACAACAGUACAUACCGAUGAGGAAAUUAACUUUUUGAGAAUGAUUUCAUCUCGAUUGACUUCAUCAACGAUCUUGGGAAAUUCUCCUCCUUUUGAUACUCAAUACAUUUCAUCCGUGUUGUCCAUGAUGAGGAGUGGAAAUUCUGCAAUUAAUCCACUCGUCAUUUUGGAUCGAAGACUUUAUGACACUCCUGAAAAGUUGCAACAAGCCAUAAUGAAAGAAACUAAUGGGCUUGGUGUGCAAUUGGUUGUGUUGGGAGAAUCUGUAUUGAUUCCAAGCAGUGGUAACGUACACUCACGAACGAGUCAAGAGAAACAACAGAACAGCAAUUUACCAAAGGAUCGAAACCCCACGACUCGCUUCAUUGACAUGUGCCUUAAUGUAUUGUCGACGCACGGCACUCUAGCAUUUAGUGAAUUUUGUGAUCAUGGUUUGACUGCUUCACAUUUGGAAUUCAUGUAUUCGAAAUCGAUUGCAAUGACCAACAUUUUUGAACAGAGCUAUGUACAGAAUACGAAUUUGAUUGGAAGAUAUCUACACAUCCUCAAUAAUAUUGUAAAAGACAUUCAUGAAGAGCAUAUUGAAAUUCCGAUUGCUCAUUGCCUUUCCCUUUCUUCCGUUCGAGAUGCACAUCGAAAACUUGACAACUCCAUCACGGGCUCAUCUUCAUCCUCUUUUGUUGGAAAGAUUGUCAUCAAAAUGUAA